AAAAGAAAAGUCAUAACCUUGGGAGAAUUGAGCAAGUGUAAUUAUCAAGCACUUAAAAGGUGCUUCUGGUAAAGCUACUCCCUUUGCCUGUGGCCCUGUGCCAGUAGAGAGAGAGAGAGAGAGAGAGAAGCAGGAAACUCAAAAGUGCAUACUCCUGUCCUACGCAUCAAUCAGUUCUCACCUUUUUUCUGCGUUUUGCUCCAUUAUUUUUGUACACAGUCACAGAGUGUCUCUCAGACAAGUGCACCACUCCAAUUCAGAAACAAAACAAACUCUCUCUCUCUCUCUCUCUCUCUCUCUGAGACUGCGAGCGAGCUGGCAUGGGCCACUGUCAGGUGGCUGCGUGCCCCUCUCCCUCCACACUGAGCCAGCAACUUUAUCAUCCUCUGAUCACUACCACUCCUUUAGACUAGGACUAGACUAGACUAAUACUCUCUUUCUCUCUCUCCAUUCAUUUCUUCACACAAUUAUGAUGAUGAUGAAUGGGCUCUAGAGACGAGCAGAGGUCUCUUUUUCUCAAUCUACUGAAAUGGGCUCGACCUCUAUGACCACUACUGACUCAGGAGGCAGCUCCUCCUCCCCACCCAACAACUCCUCCACCGAGGAGUCCCUCAACGGCCUCAAAUUCGGCCGCAAAAUCUACUUUGAGGACGCUGCUCUCGGACCCAACCCCCCCAAAUCCGGGUCAGGGUCUGCCGGCUCUUCCUCCUCCGCGGCCACGCCGCCCAAGAAGCAGAGGAGCGGUGGUGGUGCUGGGUUGGUCCACCAGGGCCACCCUCCCAGGUGCCAGGUCGAGGGCUGCAACGUAGAUCUGAGUGGUGUUAAAGCUUACUAUUCCAGGCACAAAGUGUGUGCCAUGCACUCCAAGACCCCUACUGUUAUUGUUGCCGGCCUUGAACAGAGGUUUUGCCAGCAGUGUAGCAGAUUUCAUCAGCUUCCUGAAUUUGACCAAGGGAAACGUAGUUGCCGUAGACGUCUGGCUGGUCAUAAUGAGCGUAGGAGAAAGCCACAACCUGGAUCCAUGAUGUCUACGCGUUUUGGCCGUCUCUCUUCGUCAAUUUAUGAAAACACCAGCCGAGUUGGAAGCUUUCUGAUGGACUUCACCGCAUACCCAAGGGCUGGGAGAGAUGAAUGGGCAACUGCAAGAACUUGUGAGCGGCCACCUGGAAAUCAAACUGUCACUGCCACCGGAAAGUUUCUUCAACAUCCAUGGCAGAGCAACCCUGAGAAUACUCGAUCUGAUCUUUACCUGCAAGGGUCAGCCGGUGGUACCAGUUAUCCUGGUCCUGGAAUUCCUCCGGGAGAAUGCGUCUCAGGAGUCACCGACUCGAGCUGUGCUCUCUCUCUUCUGUCAAAUCAACCAUGGGACUCUAGAAACCGCGGUGUUGGGACAAAUGCCUUCAUAAACACCCAAGGGGCACCCGUGGCUCAAUCAAUAGCUAAUGUUGGCACCAUCAAUCCAUUUCCAACCACAUCAUGGGGUUUCAAGGGAAAUGAGGCUGGUAGCAGUUCGCAUCAGAUGCUUCCUGAUCUGGGUCUUGGUCAAAUUUCGCAGCCUCAUAACAGUCAUUACUCUAGUGAGCUCGAGUUGUCUCAACAGGGUAGGAGGCAGCAAAAUAUGGAACUUGGAAACUCCAGGGGCUACGACUCCUCUAGUCAACACAUGCAUUGGUCUCUUUAAAAGUAGCCUUUCGGUGUCUGUUUGUGAUCCAAGCCUAAAACUUUGGUAACUUUUGCUGGUUAACUAUGGCUUCUUGUUGGAUGAAACCCAAACUGACUCUCCUUUUAUGUGUUAAGACUCAAGACUAAGAAUCUGAUUAAUUUAAGCAGUUCAAUACCAUUAAGCUAUUCGUUUCAAAAAAA